UUCAAACUUUAUGCAUAAAUUAGCCGCUUUCUUUUACCACCUUUAAUUUCACCCCAAAAACCUCUGUUUCUCUCUCUCCUGUUUUUGCUCGUAUUAUAUAUUGUUAGAUUCUUCUUGUUGAUUUUCAUAUAGAAAAAUAUGGAAGAAGUAGAGAUACCCCAAUAUUUCUUGUGUCCUAUAUCACUCCAAAUCAUGAAAGAUCCUGUAACAACAGUCACUGGAAUCACCUAUGAUAGGGAAAAUAUUGAACAAUGGUUGUUGAUGGCAGAUGAAAAUACAUCUACAUGUCCAGUGACAAAACAACCUUUGUCUAAAGACACAGCGUUGUUGACACCAAACCAUAUGCUCGGGCGAUUUAUUCGAUCCUGGACCAUAAGCAAUGCUGGGAAAGGGAUCGAACAAAUUCCAUCGCCUAAAUAUCCUCUCAACAAAUCACAUGUCAUCAGGCUAAUUCGUCAGGUGAAUAAUCGCGAGCUUUAUUUACAAGCUUUACGAAAAAUGGUGACUAUGAUAAGUGAGAAUGAGACAAAUAAGAAGUGUUUGGAUGGAGCUGGUGCAAUUAAGGCAUUGGUUUCGUUGAUAUUGAGGAGUUUCAAGGAAGGGAAAUUAAUUAUGGGACUUGAAGAAGCCUUGAGGAUUUUCCAUCUUGUCUGGAACCCAACACAUGAAAACAAGCAACUUGUCAAGGAUAAUCAUGAUCUAAUUGAGGCUAUUUUAUGGAUUUUGAAGAGUCGCGAAAUGUGCAACAUUUAUAAUCAAGUUGUAACAAUCAAGACUCAUGCAAUAUUGGUCCUGAAAAAUGUGAUCUCAGUGUCAAGUACUAAUCUCUUGUCGAGUCUCACACCAGAAUUUUUCCAACAUAUAUUGAAUACUUUGAGAAAAAACAACAAAAAUUACUUCAAUCAACAGACAACAAAAGCAGCUUUACACGUGCUAAUAGAUGCAUGUCCAAGGGGAAGAAACAGGCUAAAAAUGAUAGAAUUGGGGGCCAUUUUCGAGCUAAUUGAGCUCGAAUUAAGCAACCCUGAGAAAAGGGUUACUGAAUUAGUGUUUUCUCUUUUGUCACAUUUGUGUAGUUUAGCUGAUGGGAGAGCUGAAUUAUUGAAACAUGCAGCCGGAAUUGCAAUGGUUUCUAAAAGGAUACUUAGAAUUUCUCCAGCUACAGAUGAUAGCGCAAUUCAGAUUCUUAGAUUAAUUUCUAAAUUUUCUGCUACAAAAGAAGUGUUGAUGGAGAUGUUAAGAGUUGGAGCCGUGUCAAAAUUUUGCAUGGUGAUUCAAGCAGAUUGUGAAGUAUAUUUGAAGAAAAAAGCUUUGGAAAUAUUAAGGGCACAUUCUAAUGUUUGGAACAACUCUCCAUGUGUACAAAUUUAUCUCUUGAGAAGAUAUCCUGGACAAUAGAGCUUUAGAAUCUCUUAAAAAUAAUUCUGUUUCAAUUCUAUUUUUUAUGAUUUAUGUAUAAAUUAUAGCAACAUUAUAUAUUCUUUUUUUUAUUUUGCAAAACAAUAUGCAAAUUAAUUAUGCAUUGAAACCCCAUUUAUACAAAAUUUAUGA